AUGCCGGCUCUGCCAGCACUGCUGCUGUCGAUUUACGUCGUCGUCCUGCUGCUGACUAUGGCGCCUCUCUCCUUCAGCCAGGCCAACACCCUCUCAGCCGUCCGAAUGGCGGCCAUUUUGGAUGACCAGUCUGUGUGCGGCCGUGGCGAGCGUCUGGCGCUGGCUCUGGCGAGGGAGAACAUCAACAGUCUGAUGGAGGGCUCCUCCCAGGCGAGGGUGGAGGUGGACGUCUACGAGCUGCAGAAGGACUCCCAGUACGACACCACCGACACCAUGUGUCAGAUCCUGCCAAAGGGCGUGGUCUCUGUGAUCGGCCCCGCCUCCAGCCCCGCCUCCGGGUCGACCAUCAGCCACAUCUGUGGGGAGAAGGAGAUCCCUCACGUAAAGAUCGGUCCGGAGGAAACCCCGAAGCUGCCGUACCUUCGCUUCGCCUCGGUGACGCUCUACCCGAGCAACGAGGACCUGAGCCUGGCCAUCGGAUCCAUCCUGCGCUCCUUCGGCAACCCGACGGCCAGCCUCAUCUGUGCCAAAGCGGAGUGCCUGCUGCGGUUGGAGGAGCUGGUUCGCCGCUUCCUCAUCUCCAGGGAGACGCUGUCGGUGAGGAUGCUGGACGAGAGCCUGGACCCCACGCCGCUGCUGAAGGAGAUCCGUGACGACAAAGUGGCCACCAUCAUCAUCGACGCCAACGCCUCCAUCUCCUACCACAUCCUCAGGAAGGCGAACGAGCUGGGGAUGACGUCGGCCUUCUACAAAUACAUCCUCACCACCAUGGAUUUCCCUCUGCUCCGGCUGGACGACGUGGUGGGCGAUCAGUCCAACAUCGUGGGCUUCUCCAUGCUCAACAGCAGCCACUCGUUCUACCUGGAGUUCAUCAGGAGCCUCAACCUGUCCUGGAGGGAAGGCUGCGACAUCAGUCCGUACCCAGGACCGGCGCUGUCGUCGGCCCUGAUGUUCGACGCCGUCCAUGUGGUGGUGAGCGCCGUGCGGGAGCUGAACCGCAGUCAGGAGAUCGGAGUGAAGCCGCUGAGCUGCACCUCGCCGCUCAUCUGGCAGCACGGAACCAGCCUCAUGAACUACCUACGCAUGGUGGAGUACGACGGUCUGACAGGUCACAUUGAGUUCAACAGCAAAGGACAGAGGACCAAUUACACCCUGAAGAUCCUGGAGAAACACCCCGCGGGACAUAAAGAGAUUGGCAUUUGGUACUCCAACAACACAUUGGCCAUGAACUCCACCUCUCUGGACCUCAACGCCUCAGAGACUCUGGCUAACAAGUCGCUGAUCGUCACCACCAUACUGGAAAACCCGUACGUGAUGCGCAAGUCCAACUACCAGGACUUCCAGGGCAACGAUCAGUACGAGGGUUUCUGUGUGGACAUGCUGCGGGAGCUCGCCGACAUCCUCAAGUUCUCCUUUAAGAUCAAGCUGGUGGACGACGGGCUGUACGGAGCGCCGGAGCCCAACGGCAGCUGGACCGGGAUGGUGGGGGAGCUGAUCAACAGGAAAGCUGAUCUGGCGGUGGCCGGCUUCACCAUCACCUCGGAGAGAGAGAAGGUGAUCGACUUCUCCAAACCCUUCAUGACUCUGGGGAUCAGCAUCCUGUACCGGGUUCAUCUGGGUCGUAAACCAGGCUACUUCUCCUUCCUGGACCCGUUCUCUCCGGCUGUCUGGCUCUUCAUGCUGUUGGCUUACCUCGCCGUCAGCUGCGUCCUCUUCCUCGCCGCCAGGCUCAGUCCCUACGAGUGGUACAACCCUCACCCGUGUCUGCGGGAGCGGCGGGACAUCCUGGAGAACCAGUACACGCUGGGGAACAGUCUGUGGUUCCCAGUUGGCGGCUUCAUGCAGCAGGGCUCAGAGAUCAUGCCCCGAGCGCUGUCCACCCGCUGCGUCAGCGGCGUCUGGUGGGCGUUCACACUCAUCAUCAUCUCGUCCUACACGGCCAACCUGGCGGCGUUUCUCACCGUCCAGAGGAUGGAGGUGCCCAUCGAGUCUCCGGACGAUCUGGCCGACCAAACCAACAUCCAGUACGGCACCAUCCACGGAGGGUCCACCAUGACCUUCUUCAUGAACUCGCGGUACCAGACGUACCAGCGGAUGUGGAACUACAUGAACUCCAAGCAGCCCAGCGUGUUCGUGAAGAGCACCGAGGAAGGCAUCGCCCGCGUCCUCAACUCCAAGUACGCCUUCCUGAUGGAGAGCACCAUGAACGAGUACUACCGCAGCCUCAACUGCAACCUCACGCAGAUCGGCGGCCUGCUGGACACCAAGGGAUACGGCAUCGGCAUGCCGCUGGGUUCUCCGUUCAGAGACGAGAUCACUCUGGGAGUCCUACAGAUGCAGGAGAGCAACCGGCUGGAGAUCCUGAAGAGACGAUGGUGGGAAGGAGGACAGUGUCCCAAAGAGGAGGACCACCGAGCCAAAGGUCUCGGCAUGGAGAACAUCGGCGGCAUCUUCGUGGUCCUGAUCUGCGGCCUCAUCAUCGCCGUCUUCGUGGCCAUCAUGGAGUUUGUGUGGUCCACACGCCGCACCGCGGAGACGGACGAGGUGUCCGUCUGUCAGGAGAUGCUGACGGAGUUCCGUAACGCCGUCUCUUGUAAGAAGAGUUCCCGCUCUCGUCGCCGGCGGCCCCUGAGCAGUGCUGGGGGUGGAGUUCUCCGUCACCCGUCCCGCCUGGCCCUGGCCGGCCCUCGCCCCAUCCGCCUGGUCCGAGAGAUGCGACUCAGCAACGGCAAACUGUACAGCGGCGCCGGGCCGCUCACGGGCGGGUUGGCGGGGCUCGGGGGAUGCCCCGAUUUGGGCCCAGGGCCGCAGAGGCUCCUGGAGGACCCACUGGGUGUCAACGCCACCACCAGCACGCCCCCUCCUGCAUCAGCGCUGGUGGCUCCGCCCGCUCCGCCGCGCAGCUUCCUGCAGAGCUGCAGCCACGUGCGGAUCUGCCAGGAGUGCCGGCGGAUUCAGAGCCUGCGGCCGGUCACGCUCACUCCUCCCCCACCGCCUCCCCCAUCCUCAUCCUCCUCCGCCUCCUCCUGCUCCCGCAUCCCCCCCUCUGUGGCGGCGCCGGGCCACCACCAGCACCGCCACAACCCCCACCACCACCUCCACUACCACCACGGCUCCAUGUCGCUGCCCCGCCUCCCGCCGCCGCCUCCCCCGGUCUCAACAGACAGAGCCGACAGCGACGGGGGGACGGCAAGCCCGAGGCGAGCCAAAAACAAACCGGCGCCACCGCCCAGACCGGUGCCCCCCACCAAGACACCGACACACCCGCCGACGGACUUACUCGGGGGGCACGACUGA